AUGGAGAGGCUCCAAGGACCAAUUAAUCCUUGCUUAUUAGGAGAGGAUUUGGAAGUGGAAUGCUUAGAACAAGGAUUUGUUAACUCAGAGAGCUUAAGGUUUGGAGAAAAAGAAGAAGAAGAAGAAGAAGAUGCACACUUUUCAAUACCAAGCUUAGAAGACAAAAUGCCAUUCCUUCAGAUGCUUCAAAGUGUAGAAUCCCCACAACUUUUUGCCUUCAAAGAACCCAACUUUCAGACACUUUUGAGACUGCAACACUCGAAGAAGACUUUGGAGAUAAACAACAACCCCUUCGUCCUGGAAAUGGAAACCCAAAUUCAAGCCAUAGAGUUUGAAAGCUGUGUUACCCAUGAAGUGCUCGACUUACAUUCACCAGUCAUAUCUGAGACCAAAGACUUUAAAAGGAACGCAAAUUCCAGUUCAUGUUUUGAAGUUGUCAGCUCCGAGUCCAACCAAGACCCACCAAAGUCAGCAACAGCAGACAAUUGUAGUAGAGAAGGUAACUCUGGUUCCUCACCUCAGAAAAACUUCACAAAAUCCCCUUCCAUUACUCGAGAACGAAGAAAGCGAAAACGAACGAAGCCAGCCAAGAACAAAGAAGAAGUUGAGAGCCAACGGAUGACCCACAUUGCCGUUGAACGCAACCGUAGACGUCAAAUGAAUGAUUAUCUAAAUUCUCUCCGCUCUCUUAUGCCUCCAUCUUAUAUCCAAAGAGGUGACCAAGCGUCUAUUAUAGGAGGUGCAAUUGACUUCGUUAAGGAACUAGAGCAACUUCUUCAAUCCCAGGAAGCGCAAAAGAAAAUGAGAAGAAUUGAAGAAAGUAAUAAUUCAGUGUCAAAGUCUGCAAUGGAAAUUUCACAGCCGGAAUCUGGAAUUGGAUCUGAAGAUGGGAAUUGCGGAGAGGAAGUACAUGCAGAAAGCAAGUCAGGUGCAGCUGAAAUAGAUGUUAAUGUAAUACACAAUCAUGUAAACUUAAAGAUUCAGUGUUCAAGAAGACCCGGUCAGCUGUUACAAGCCAUUGUCACCCUGGAAAGUCUUAGAUUAACUGUUUUGCAUCUCAACAUUACUUCUACGCAAGCUUCUGUUCUUUACUCAUUCAAUCUCAAGAUGGAAGACGACUGUCACCUAAGAUCAGCGGAUGAGAUAGAAGCAGCAGUUCAUCAAAUAUUCAGCUAA